GGUCCUCCAUUUUCCUAGGCAAAGUGGCCUUGGCCCCUUCUCUGUAAGAGUGACGAACGUUGCUUGUCCCAAUCAAACAAAGCAAAAGCACACCCUCAUCUCCACCCUCAUAACAACCAACAUCAGAUCAUCGCCCCCGCCGCCGGCCGCCCUCCGCCGCCGUCUUAUUCUUGAGUUGAUGGGUCGACGGGCGACGAAGCUCAAGGACCUCUUGGGCAUGAUGAAGGACAAGGCCUCCCAGGGCAAGGCGGCCCUCCUCCACCCCUCCGGGCCGGGCGGCGGCGGGGGCGGCGGUGGCGGUGGCGGCGGCUCCCCGCUCUCCUUCCACCUCCCCCUCCUCCGCGCCACCACCCACGACCCCUCGCCCCUCCCAAGCCCAAGCACCUCGACCUCCUCCUCUCCGCCGGCCACUCCUCCCGCGCCACCGCCUCCCUCCUCGUGCUCGCGCUCAUGGACCGCCUCCAGUCCACCCGGGACGCCUCCGUCGCCGCCAAGUGCCUCAUCACCGUCCACCACAUCGUCCACCGCGGCUCCUUCAUUCUCCAGGACCAGCUCUCCGUGUACCCCGCUUCAGGAGGGAGGAACUAUCUGAACCUGUCCAAAUUCAGGGACGAGACGACGCCGCUGAUGUGGGAGCUAUCUUCAUGGGUCCGGUGGUACGCCCGUUACCUCGAGUCCCUCCUCUCGACGUCGAGGGUCUUGGGCUAUUUCCUCUGCUCCGCCUCGAGCGCGCAGGAGAAGGAGAGAGCGGAAGAGAACGUCUCUACUUUCGCCAACUCCGACUUGCUCAAGGAGCUCGACUCCCUCGUCGACCUCAUCGAAGAGACGUGCAAGAUUCCCGACUCCCUGUGCCAAGACAACGAGUUGAUACGCACGGUGACGGUUUUCGUUUCGGAGGACUACUUGUCUGCGAUGGAGGCGAUCUUGAUCCGGGUCCGGGAAUUCGGACAUCGGCUGAGUUGUCUCAGUUUCGGCGAAUUGGUCGAGCUGGUGUGCGCUCUGAGGAGGCUCGAGCGGUUCAAGGAGAGGCUGUCGCCGCUGUUCAGUCACAAGGUCGCGGCGUCCGAGGGCUUCUGGAUUGCGGUGGCCGAGACGAGAGCGAAGCUGGAGUCGCAGAGGGAGGCGGGGUCGGUGUCGGCGCGGCCGUCGUCGGAGGAGAAGAGAGUUGGCGCGAGCGAGUCAGCCCGGUUCGGAGGGCGGAUUCCAAUGAGUUCCAGCCACGACUCGAUCAGGUUCUCGUCGGGGAGAAUAGUAGGUUUGAACAGGUAUCAUUUGCCCUUCCAAGAGUCGGUCGAAUUGUUUGCUUGAUCGCAUCGAAGUUUUCUUUCCUUUGGACUUGGUAUAUCAAGCUUUGUCGUAUGCGUAUACAUCAUAUAAUUUGUAAGAAGAGAAAUUGAUUUAAUUUC